AUGUCAGACAGCGCUGCCAGUACAAUUGAGCUUGGCCACGAGGCUGUUGACCACCCUCACAAGACGCAAUCCGCAACCCUGGACACUUUCGACAAUUUGGUCGAAGAGAAACGCUCCAUCAAGGCUAUUGACGGAAAUACCAAGCAAGUGACAGUGACAUGGAGUGGAAUUUCUAUCCAUGUCCCGGCCUCAGAGGCUGUGCAGGGCGACACUCUAUGGUCAGAUGUCAAUCCCAUGAAUUUGCUGGGAAUGUUCAGUCAAAAGAAGGAAGCGACGAUUCUCAAUGACAUGACUGGUCAGCUGCGGCCGGGAGAAAUGAUGUUGGUACUCGGUCGACCUGGAGCAGGCUGUUCAUCACUGCUCAAAAUCCUCUCGAACGAUCGCGAUGGGUUCGGCAAAGUCGAUGGAUCUGUCCACUAUGGAAGCCUGGACCACAACCAAGCUGCCAAAUUCCGUCAGCAACUGAUGUUUAACAACGAAGAUGAUAUUCACUUCCCAACACUGACAGUUGAUCAAACGAUCAAGUUCGCCCUUCGAAACAAGACUCCAACGGAGAGACCUGAAGGCAUGUCACGAGAUGCUUUCGUGGAAAAGACUCGAGAUGAAAUCCUAAGCUCGCUUGGAAUUCUGCACACCAAGCGAACACUCGUGGGUAACGAGUUUGUCCGUGGGGUGUCAGGCGGAGAGCGAAAGCGAGUGUCUCUUGCAGAAGUGAUGGCAGGUCAAAGCUCUGUGCAAUGUUGGGAUCAAUCAACCCGAGGCCUUGACGCCAGUUCCGCGCUCGAUUUUGCCAAAAGUCUGCGCCGCAUUGCCGAUGAACGGCGGAAGACAAUCAUCGCCACUCUUUAUCAAGCGGGAAACGCCAUCUACGAUCAGUUUGACAAGGUCAUGGUGGUUGCAGCUGGACGGACAAUCUACUAUGGUCCGCGUCAUUUGGCGCGUCCCUAUUUCGAGGAGAUGGGAUUUGUGUGUGGCCGUGGUGCUAACGUUGCCGAUUUCCUAACCUCUGUCACUGUCGCUCUCGAGCGCACUAUCAAUCCCGGCUUUGAGGAGAGCAUCCCUCAAAGUGUCUUAGAGUUUGAGUCACGAUACAAAGCUUCCAAGAUCUACAAGGCGAUGGUUGAGGAGAUGAUUCCACCACGAGAGCUGGAAGGAGAAACUGCAUCUUUCAUUUCUCAUGUCUCUCGAGAAAUCGCCGGCAAGCAAAUCAACGUGAAUAGUCCUUACAAUGCCUCACUCCUGAAUCAGGUUAUGGCGUGCACCAUUCGACAAAGCCAAAUCAUAUGGGGUGACCGAAUUUCACUCAUCAUCAAGGUCGCCUCAGCCCUCAUCCAGGCCCUCGUUUCAGGAAGCCUGUUUUACAAUCUAGCGAAUACCAGCUCCUCAACAUUCCUCCGACCUGGUGCGCUUUUCUUCCCUCUCAUGUAUUUCUGCAUGCAAUCACUCUCGGAAACGACUUCAUCUUUCAUGGGACGUCCGAUUCUUGGCCGACAAAAGCGUUUUGCAUUCUAUCGGCCCACUGCAUACUGCAUUGCUAGUGUUUUUACCGAUAUUCCCGUCGUUUUGCUACAGGUUACGGUGUUCACAAUCGUGUAUUACUGGAUGUGUGCUUUCCAAGCAGAUGCAGGGAAGUUUUUCACUUUUUGGAUUAUCUUGAAUGCGACCACGCUCUGCUUCUUGUCAUUCUACCGUAUGGUUGGAGCCAACUGCAACAAGUUUGGUAAUGCCUCAAAGAUUUCUGGAUUCUUCACAACAAUCAUGAUGAUUUACACUGGGUACCUGAUCCCGUUUCAGAAGAUGCACGUUUGGUUUCGAUGGAUCUUUUGGAUCAAUCCCGCUUCCUAUGCGUUUGAGAGUGUGAUGGGUAAUGAGUUUGGCGGUCUCCUCAUGGAAUGCUUCCGCGGCUGCAUUAUUGCAGGAUCCUCCGGAGCAGACAUACCAGGCGCAGACUACAUACAUUCUCAAUAUCACUACUCCAUCCACCAUGUUUGGAGGGGCUUUGGUGUUGUUGUCGGUAUGUGGCUUUUCUUUGCCUUCCUCACAGCAGUCGGAUUUGAGCGACUGCGAAGCCAAGGAACCUCGUCUUAUCUGGUAUUCAAACGUGGAACCACUACCCAGGACGAAGAGAAGACCGCCGCUCAGGCCCCUGGUAACACGGACGCCGACCAUGACAUGCCAAAGCAAGCUACAUUCACCUGGGAUCACCUCGAUUACCAUGUUGACUAUCACGGCUCAAAACUUCAACUACUAAACCAGGUCUUCGGAUACGUGAAGCCUGGAAACUUGGUUGCACUGAUGGGAUGCUCAGGCGCAGGAAAAACUACCCUCCUUGAUGUGCUGGCUCAGCGUAAGGAUUCUGGCGAAAUUUCAGGCUCAAUUCUUGUCGACGGAAAACCACAAAACAUCAGUUUUCAGCGUACGACUGGCUACUGCGAGCAACUUGACGUUCACGAACCAUCAGCCACUGUUCGAGAGGCUCUCAUAUUCUCAGCCUUGCUCCGUCAGCCAGCCGACGUUCCGAAACAAGAGAAAAUCGAUUACGUGGACAAAAUUAUCGACUUACUCGAACUUGGCGACAUCAGUGAGGCAUUGAUCGGAACUCCGGGUGCUGGAUUAAGUAUUGAACAGCGGAAACGUGUCACUCUAGGUGUUGAGCUCGUCGCCAAACCUUCUUUGCUCCUUUUGGAUGAGCCUACUUCUGGUCUUGAUGGCCAAUCUGCAUUCAACAUUGUCCGUUUCAUGAGAAAGCUUGCGGAUUCAGGACAAGCUGUUUUGUGCACCAUCCACCAGCCGUCAGCUUCUCUGUUCGAUGCAUUUGAUUAUCUCUUGCUACUUGCAAAGGGAGGUAAAAUGACAUACUUUGGUCAAACCGGAGAGGGCUCCGAUAUCAUUCUGGAUUAUUUCGCACGAAAUGGCGCACCUUGCCCUGAAGAUGCAAACCCAGCAGAGCACAUUGUAGAUGUUGUUCAAGGCAGAUUUGAUUCCAACGUGGAUUGGAAUCAGAUUUGGGAAGGGUCAGAAGAAAACCGUGUAGCCCUUCGUGAGCUGGAAGAUCUGAAAGCAAAGGCGGCGGCUGAAGUAACAGAAGAUGUUAUGCUCACGGACUACGCAACCUCGAAGAUGUAUCAACUUCAACUGGUUCUAGAGCGUCAGAUGGUGAAGCUCUGGAGGAGUCCGGACUACAUGUGGAACAAGAUUAUAUUGCACGUUUUUGCUGCACUCUUCAGUGGGUUUACUUUCUGGAAAAUUGGCGACUCGGUCCUUGAUCUCCAGCUUCGACUGUUCGCCAUCUUCAACUUCGUCUUUGUUGCCCCUGGUGUCAUCAAUCAACUCCAGCCGUACUUUUUGCAGAACCGUGAUAUUUUCGAGACACGCGAAAAGAAGGCCAAAACUUACCACUGGAUCGCAUUUAUUGGUGCUCAAGCUAUCUCCGAGAUGCCGUACCUGGUCGUUUGUGGCACGUUGUAUUUCCUCUGCUGGUACUUUACUGUUGGCUUCCCAAGUUUACCGGAAGUCUCUGGCCACAUGUUCUUCCAGAUGAUCCUCUACGAGUUUUUGUACACCCCAAUCGGCCAGGCCAUUGCUGCUUACGCUCCAAAUGAGUAUUCUGCUUCACUCGUUAAUCCCCUUGUCCUUGGAGCUGGAUUGAUCGGUUUCUGUGGUGUCGUUGUACCUUACGAGCAGAUCAAUGUUUUCUGGCGUUACUGGAUGUAUUAUCUGGACCCAUUCACCUACCUCAUCGGUGGCCUCCUGGGAGAGGUUCUCUGGGAUGCUCCUGUGAAAUGUGCUGACAACGAGUGGACGUCCAUUGAUCUCCCCAACAACCAAACAUGCGGUUCUUACAUGGAAUCUUUCAUCGAAGCAGCAGGAGGAUAUGUCCGUGACGUUGUUUCCACGACCUCGUGCCACUACUGUCAGUACGCGGUCGGGUCAGAAUACGCACCACAGUUCAACCUCAAGGCCAAGUACUAUUCUUGGAGAGAUACUGGAAUUACUGCGCUUUUCUGUAUCACCACAUACAUCUGUGUUUUCAUCAUGAUGAAACUUCGCAGCAAGAAGACCAAGACUGCGUCCGAUUAG